AUGCCUGAGCCCGUGGCCGGUCUGAGAGCCAACCACUGCAGCCCAGUCUUUUACUUACUGGACAAUGAUCAUGUCAAUGGACAUUGCACUAGCCCCACCUCCCAGCCAUGCUCCUUGGGGAAGUCUCGCAUUCCAGGGGCUCCUGAGGGCCCGCGGCUCCCCCGGAGAGGGCCCGGCCGACCACCCUUCCGCAAGGCCCAGUCUGCCGCUUGCAUGGAGAUCUCUUUGCCAGUUUCCUCCCUCACGGAAGCAGAAAGCAAAGAGAAUUCGUUCAGCUUCUCGCGGAGCUCCAGUGUGUCCAGUAUCGGCCGCGACACCAAGGAAGCGGUGACCACGCUGCAGUUCGGAGAGUCCUACGGUCGUAAAGGUGACUCCCUGCCCACCGCCUGCCUGUGGGUGGGCACCAGCCUGGGCGUGGUCCUCCUACUGCCCAUAUCCAUCCCCACAGAGGAGAGGCUGGAGGAGCCUGUCACCAUGGGGCCCAGCGGUACCGUCCUGAUGCUGAAGGGUUCAGUGCUAUGCUUCUCCUUCCUGGACUGUGGGGGCGCUCUUAUCCAGAGUCCCUACGAGGUAUGGCGGGAACCCAACGUCCCCGAGGACCCCGACGAGCCCCGCAGGCGCAAGCUGGUCAACUUAUCCCCGCUGUCUUCCCAGGAGGCAUGUGGGGACAGGCACCUGGCCGUGGUGUGUUCUGAGAAACAGGCCAAGGUCAUCCUCAUGCCUACCCAGGCCGUCCUGUUCACACACAACGUCACAGAGUCUUCCUUCCUCCUGCGGGCCGACGUCGUCUCCGUCUGCAACAGCGUCUGCCUGGCCUGCUUCUGCGCCAACGGACACGUCAUGACCCUCAGUUUGCCCAGUCUUAGACUCCUGAUGGAUACUAACUACCUUCCCCUGACGGACAUGCGUAUCGCCCGUACCUUCGUCUUCACCAACGGCGGUCAGGCUCUGUACCUGAGCUCUCCUACAGAGAUACAACGCAUCGCAUACAGCCAAGAGAUGACGGACAACCUGCAGGACAUGCUGGGAGAGCUGUUCACUCCUAUAGAAACACCAGAGGCCCAGAACCAAGGAUUCCUCAAGGGAUUCUUCGGGGGAAACGCCCAGACCUUCGACAGAGAAGAGCUGUUUGGGGAGGCAGCAGCGGGUAAGGCCUCUCGGAGCCUGGCCCAGCACAUCCCUGGUCCAAUGGGAUUGGAGAACGUGAGGGCUGCAGCCGGCGGGGUGGUGGGGGACCUGGCCCGAGCCCGCAUCGCCUUGGAGCAGAGAGGAGAGAGACUGGGAGAGCUGGAGGAACGCACCACCCUCAUGAUGAAAAGUGCAGAGACGUUCUCAACACACGCCCACCAGGUAAUGCUGAAACACAAGGACAAGAAAUGGUAUCAACUUUAAAGUAGGACAACGGGCCACGACUGCUGGUGCUUUGCUGGGACAUAGACCAUCACUCUACAUAUGAGAGAGAGAGAGAAAGAGAGACAGCGAGACAGAGAGACAGCGAGAGAGAGAAAUGACUUUGUGUUUAUGGGCCUCUCUGUAGGACGUCUGUACAUCAUUGUCACAAGACUUGGACAGAGGGCAGUCACUGAGAUGGACACAGACCAGGAAGUAAGUUGGUAAGACAGGCGAACCCAGGAAGUGGAUGAUGACAGUUCAUCAGUGUGUGUGUGUCGGUGGGUUACCCAGAUCUUGCUGUGUAGAUACUCUUAACGUUAUGAAACCAACAAGACUGAAAUAAACAAAAUGGAUGACUACUGAUAACAUACAACUGCCAUAUCAAAAGGCAGCAUGCUACUUUAAGAGAUAAUAAAUAUAAAAUGUAUUGAAUAAUAUAAUAUAAACAAAAGAACGUGUGAUUUCAAAAAUAAUAAUACAUUUUGAAAUAUAAAAAAAAAAAUAUAUAUAAAAAUUAAAUGUAUACCUGCA